CGCGCCCUUACGUAUCGAGACGCUGCCGGGGAAAUGGCGUUCAGCUCGGCCUGGAAGCGAAUGUCGUGGCUUUAUUACCAGUAUCUGCUGGUGACGGCUCUCUACAUGCUGGAGCCCUGGGAGCGGACGGUGUUCAAUUCCAUGUUGGUGUCUAUUAUUGGAAUGGCACUUUACACUGGUUAUGUUUUCAUGCCUCAACAUAUAAUGGCCAUCUUGCAUUAUUUUGAAAUUAUGCAGUGAAGAAUCUCGGAAAGAAGCCAGUUAGAAAUGGAGAUCAGACUGCUAAAAAAACUGAUUAUUUACAACUUAAGGAAUCCUACAGAUGGCAAAAUGAAUGCCAAUUGAUGAUUGUGGCAGUCACUGGGGGCACAUGGAGAUGCAAAUGCAUUUUAUUUAUGUAUAAGAUUCCCUUGUAUAUUUUGUCUAUUAAUACUGUGUUUGUACCUUUGAUAUCAGUAUUUUCUUAACUUCGUGACUGUCUUAGUAUUACACUAUAAAAGCUUUUCCUAAUGUAACUAGGUACAUUUUGCCUUCUAUUUUUUAAUCAAAAAUUAUCUUAUUAAGUGGAGCUUGAAGCUUUUGCUACUGUAUAUUUACAUCCAUCUGGGUAUAUUUCUAGUAGAACAUUUUGUAAGAAAGUUGUUUAGAUUCAUGUAUAAAUGUGGAUAUACUCAUAAAACUUCCUUAUAAAACUUACCCAGGUGCUUGAGUUGCUAUCUGAAUUGUUUAAAAUUGUGGUGUAAGCUCUCCGUUUUGCUUUAACAAUAAAUAGAAAGCUUUUUCUUUGUACUUGGAGAAAAACAUCAAAACUUACUAUUGCAUAUAUACAACAGUAUGAAAUACAAGAAAGUACUGGAUUCAUUCCUUAUCUGUAUGUAAAAUGUUUGUUUCAUGCAUGUCAUUUGGAAUUUUAUGACAGCACUUUAAUGCUGCUACUAUAAUUUCUAACUAAAAUAUGUAUGUUUAUCUCCCAAGGAACAUAUUUUAUUACUGACUUCAGUUUAAAAGACUAUGAGUAUGGGUCAUGACUAUAGUGUAAUCAUGUCUGUAUUCUGAACCCACUGUUGACAAGUUUUCAAACUUUUGUGAAUAUUUAAAUCACAUCACUAAAAUAUGAAGUUUGGAAUGGACUUGAUUUAAAAUAUGCAGCAGUAAGGAGUUACCUACUGGUCUUAAAGUUCUUUUAGUUUUUAUAGCAUUUUUCAGAUUUGUAUUUUGGACUGUAAAAUUGAAAUUUUUAAGAUGAUAUUCCAGAGAUAAAAAAAGAUGAAAACAACA